UGCAGAGGCUGAUCAGCGCGUGCCUCUCUCGCGUACUUUUCGUCUGCUCCUUGUCUAUCUUCUUUUUUUUUCGGAUUACAUUCAAGAAUUCUAAUCAAAAAGUGCAAAACACCUAAAAUUUACACACAGACAGGGUCCAGACAGAGUGAUUAUAUACAAAAAUAAACUGGAUUAAAAGAAAGUGUUAUAGGCUACUUGUAAUUUGAAAUAAGUAAAUAGAAGCGGGUCAGGAUGGGUGUGGGUGACGAUAUUGCCCCACGGUUCACACAAAAACCAUCCCUAAAACAAGAAGACAAUGGGAACAAACUCGUGUUUCAGUGCGCCCUUGAGGCUUCCCCUAAACCGGAAAUCAACUGGUUUCGGGGCCAGACACCACUCCAAGAAUCAGAUAGGAUUAAAAUGCGUGUUGACCACGCUGGUGGAAAUACAUACAAUGUCGUCAUGGAUAUUACUGGUGUAACACAACAAGAUGGUGGAUCUUAUAAAGUUGUUGCUAAAAAUAAACUUGGUGAAAUGUCGGCAUCUAUUAAUUUGAACUUUAAUGCACAAACCCAAAACCAACAAGAUGGAAUAGCACCAAAUUUUACCCAGAAGCCUGUGAUCAAACAGGAAGAUGGCGGCAAGAGAAUGUUGUUUGAAUGUCAGCUCACCGCUGACCCGGCACCUACUAUCACAUGGUUCAGAGACUCCUCACAGCUCAACGCAGGAGGUCGUCUCAAGAUGGAUACCAAACAGAAAAGUCCAAAAGAAUACACAAUUACGUUAGAAAUUAGUAACGUAUCGCCACAAGACGCUGGUAGUUACCGGGUCACUGCCAAAAACGCCCUUGGAGAAAGCAAUGCAACCAUUGGGCUGAACUUUGACGUCGGAACAGUAGCUGCCAGCCCGCCAAGUUUCAUAGGAAAGCCUGUCAUUCGUCAAGUACAGAAAUCAAUUGUAUUUGAAUGUCGAUUAAAAGCUGAACCUGAUCCAACCAUUACUUGGAUGCAGGGUGCAAAUGUUAUACAGUCAAGUGAACGCAUUCUAAUUUCACAAACAAAGGACGCUGAAAGUAUUCACAUACUGACUCUUGAAAUUGUUGGCGUCGGAAUACAAGAUGGCGGUGAAUAUAAGGUGUUGGCUAAAAAUCCACGUGGCGAGGCCGUUGCUACAAUUAAUUUGAAUUUGGAAGGUAAAAAGCCUCAGGUCCCAACCGGAAAAGCUCCGCACUUCCUUCAGAAACCAACAAUCAAACAGCAAGCAAACCAGCUUGUGAUGACAUGUAUUCUUGAAGCAAAACCGGCACCACAGAUCAAAUGGUUCCGUGAAACUCAGGAACUUGCCCAUGGAGGACGUUAUAAUAUCAAACUGGAAAAGGAUGCCAAAACACCAGAGGGUUUUAUUGCAACUUUACAGAUUAAGGACCCAAAACCCGAAGAUGGCGGGGCCUAUAAAUGCACAGCUAAUAACGAGAAUGGAGAAUCUAACGCAAACAUCACGCUUAACUUCCAAGCUAAAGCCAAGCCAGGAGCCCAAGCUGGCAAGGCAGGAGGCAAGCCCCCAGUGUUCAAGGAGAAGCCCAAGGUAACCCAGGAGGGUGCUGGCAAGAACCUUCUCAUUGAGUGCAAAUGUACUGCCAGCCCAAAACCAACAUUGACCUGGUUUAAAGACAACAAACCGCUCACAGAAACUAACAGAGUCAAAUCUCGCAUGUCAGGAACUGGAGAAGAUUUUGUCAUCAAUCUAGAUAUUCUUAGUUUCACAAAAGAAGAUGGAGGUGUAUAUAAAGUAAAUGCAAAGAAUGACAGCGGUGAGGGAACAGCCAGUAUCACCAUAAAUCUCGACACCGGUGCUAAACCAAAGCCUGAGGAGAAGAAAGAAGAAGCUGAAGUGAAAAAACCGGCGGAAAAACCUGCCGAGAAACCUGCAGAAAAACCCGCAGAGAAACCCGCAGAAAAACCUGCAGAGAAGGUGGAGGAAAAACCAACCGCUGCCGGACCAGUUCUUAAAGAUAAACCAAUUGUUAAACUUGAAAAUAAUGGACAACUGUUAACAAUAAAAUUUGUUAUAAAAUCAUCAGUAAAGCCAACUGCAACUUGGAAUUUUGGAGGAUUACCAUUGAAAAGUGGUGGGAGAUAUUUUCUCAAUGUACAACCCAACAAGGCUGAUAAGGAAGAAUUUACCAUUUUCAUGGAAUGCAAAUCCCCAAAUGACAGAGAUUCUGGUGUAUACAAAACUGCUGUGAAGACUCCCAACGGUACACUAGAUGCUGAAUGCAAAAUUAACAUCAAAGAACUGAUGGCUGCAGCUAGAGGAGAUCCACCAAAGUUUACCACUAAACUUGCACCUAAGACAGUAGACGAGGGAGAAGCUGUAGAACUGACAGCCAAGGUCACCGGUACUGAACCAAUUCAAAUCAAAUGGACGAAGGGAGGUAAACCAUUUAACGGCUCUAACGGAAACAAGAUCACUUUUGCCAAUAACACAGCUACCCUGAGCAUUACUAGUGCUGCUAAAGAUGAUGCCGGAAGUUACGCCAUGGAGGCAAAGAAUCAGCAUGGAAAAGCAUCAUGCUCGGCCUCUCUAACUGUAAAAGACAAACCUAAGCUGAAAGUAACAGAACCUGAAGAAAAAAUAGAAAAGAAAGAAGCUAAACCAGCUGAAUCCAAACCAGCUGAAUCCAAACCUGAGGAAAAAGACAAAAAGCCAAAGGAACCCCCACCCAAAAAGGAUGAGCCCAAAGUAGAGAAAAAGGAGGAAACUAAAGCUAAGAAACCUGAAGAAAAGGCCCCAAAGGAGCCUGAAAAACCCAAAGAUAAAGAACCUGAAAAGAAAAAACCAGUAGAAAUUCAGGUUGAUUCAAAAAAAGUUAAAGAGCCAUCCCCAAAGCCUGAAUCAAGACGAAAACUGUCAAAGAGCCCUUCACCUGCUCCCCCACAAAGGAAAGGGUCACAAGCGCCUUCUAUUGUGGUUGCUGAUGAUGAUGUAACAACAGAAAGCUUGUCCGAGCUUGGAGAGGCACCAAAGACAAAUGAUGAAAGUGAUGAUGAUGAUUAUAUUUAUUAUGAUGAGCACGGAGAAGGUCGCCGCAUAUCUGUAGUAAAACACAAGGAACCAGAGAAAGCCAAGAUAGAAGGACCGACCCACAAGAUCAAAGAUAAACCAUCAAAUCAGAGCAUCAUUGAAGGUGAUCCACUAAGAAUGAAAAUUCCCUUGGAGGUACUCCCAGAUCUGCCACCACCAGCGAUAAAAUUCUGGCGUGCCGGGCGUGAGAUCCGUGAAGACUCUCGUACAAACUAUGGUUUACGUGACAACCAAGCCUUGCUUCAGGUGCAGAAGACAAGGUUCACUGAUGAGGCAAAAUAUUCUCUAACCCUGGAACAGGAAGGCAUCGUUGUAGACAAAGUUGUUUGGAGUGUCUUCAUCAAAGAUCCAAAAGACCAAGCCAUGGACUUCAGAUCCCUCCUUAAACACAGGGAGGGUAAGAAGAAGGGAGGAGAAGAAGAAGAUAUUGACUGGGGCAUGCUGAAACCUGAAGAGCCUGCUCCCAUCGAGCAGAAACGUCGUAUGUCACAAAUCGAACUCACUAAGAUGGCGUUGAAGAAGGUAGAAUCAGACAGUGAAGAUGAAAGGAGUGGUAGCAGACGUCAAUCAGUCGACGAAUCAAAUAAGCUUGACGUCAUGCCCAAAAAGUCUCAAUUAACCCCCGAAAAAUUGGAAGCCAUCGAUGCCCAGCAACAGCAGAGACGUGCCUCUAUGCAGGGACGACGUAUGUCAUUGGUCGAGGCCAUUCCGGAUUGGCCGGCACUCAAACAUCCCGAGAAAGAGGUGGAGAUGCCAGAAAAAUGGAUAACCGAACUUGAAGACCAGAAAGUACGGGAAGGUGUGGAAGCUGUCGUGUUUUCAGCGAGAUUUUGCAAACCGGAUGCUCCGUACCGAUGGUACAAAAAUAAACUAGAAAUAUUCCAAGGAGAGAAGUAUCACUUUGAGGUAAUUGACGAUGAGUACAGAUGUACAAUCCGGAACAUCAAACUGGACGACAACGCUCGCUAUAUACUCGAGUGCGGCAAAGCUCCCCUGAAAACACAGGCUUGGUUAUAUGUUGAAGAGAAACCCCCAGAGUACUUUUUCAACCAGAAGUUGCCAGCAAAAUACGGUAUUCAGAAUAAGAAGGAAGGCAUGUUGGAAUGUUUUGUCAAUGAUUCGAAGGCCAAGGUCAAAUGGUACAAAGAUGGAACUCUGGUCGAGUAUGAUCAAGGCAAGAUGGAAAUCCGACGAAGGGAAAACCGUUGCAUCCUCAGUUUCCCGAAAAUGGGCAAAGAAUACGAAGGUCACUAUGAAUGUAAGAUCACCGUUGGCGAUGCUGUUACAGAGUGUAACCUCAAAUGUGAUGAGCCAGAAUGGGAAUUUAUGAAGAAAUUGGAAGAUGUUGAAGGACAAGAAAGACAGAAAGCCAUCUUUGAAUGUGAUGUCAGUGAUCCUGAAGCUGAGGUGUCCUGGUUUAGAGACGAAAAGGACAAUGGCGAAUGGACGGAGCUGAAGCCCGGCGGUAAAUAUGAAUUUGUUAAAGAUGGACACAAACGUCGUCUGCAAAUCAAGAACUGCAGUAGUCGUGACGAGGGAAAAUACAAGUGUGUCAUGCAGAGCAAGGAGACGGUUGCACAACUUUUCGUUGAACCUGAUAUUAAAUUCUUCAAGAAACUCGAGAAUAAGAAGGAGAAAGAAAAGGGCACAUUAAUGCUGGAUUGUAAGGCAUCCAAUCCGAACAGUGCUCCAGUUAAAUGGUUUAAAGAUGGAAAACCUAUAGACAAAGAUGACUCCCGUUUUGAAGUUUCGAAGAAGGGUGAGGUUAUGAAAUUAUUGGUGAAGAACCUCUCGGAAGAUGAUGCGGGAGAAUAUGCAUGUCAGGUGGGAGAGAGAACCACCAAAUGUCAGGUGUCUGUUGAAGAAUUACCAAAGCCUCCCAAGGUCGACUUCAGUCGUGUACCAAAGGAAGUCAUCCUGAAGAAGGGAGAGAGAUUGCAGCUUGAUAUACCAUUUGUUGGAACACCAAAGCCGGUAGCCGAGUGGGCAAGAGACGGUUCGCCGUUGUCAGACCAGGACACUGAUAUCGAGACGAAGGACAAGUCCACACAUCUUGUGAUACCAAGUGUUGUUAGAGGAGACACUGGAGAGUAUUGUGUUACACUUUCUAACGAGGUCGGAACAGAGAAAGUACCCGUCAAUGUUAUAGUUCUUGACAAGCCAGGUAAACCAAAGGGCCCGCUGGACAUUGUUGACAUAUUUUCUGACCGUGCCGCACUUCUGUGGGAUCGGCCAGACGAUGAUGGAGGCAGUCCUAUCACAGGAUUUGUUGUUGAAAUGAAAGAGGCGGGUAAAGACUGGAAAAAGGUUUGCGAUACAGAUGAUAUUGAAAUUGAUGUUGCUGACCUCAAAGAGGGCAACCGUUACACUUUCCGUGUUGCUGCUGUUAACGCACAAGGGCAGAGUGACUGGCUCGAAGCUGACGGUGAAAUCCUUGCUAAGGACCCAUGGGAUCCUGCUGACCCGCCACGUGAUCCAAAGAUUAUAGACUACGACAAGGACUAUGUUGAAGUCGGCUGGUUGCCACCAGAGCGAGACAAUGGUGCACCUGUUGAUAAAUAUAUCAUUGAAUAUAGGGAAAAAGACAAGGGAGACUGGAAGCCGGGUACAGAGGUUCCAGGAGAUGUUGAGAAGGGUACUGUUGAAGGUUUGGUUGAGGGCAAAGACUACGAGUUCCGAGUUAUUGCCCAUAACAAGGCAGGUAACUCUGAACCAAGCAUGGUGUCGCCACCUGUAAAGACAAAGGCAAGAAAAGUGAAACCAAGAAUCACCAACAAGAACGACCUCAAACCAGUCCGGAUCAAGGUUGGUCAGGCAUUCUCUGUCACUGGCGAGUUCAUUGGAGAGCCAGCACCGGAAGUCACAUGGUCCAUGAAACUCGUGGAUUCUAAAGGAAAUAUAGCUCAGGAUGGAAAAGAGGUUGUUUUAUCUACUGGUGACAACAUAAAGAUUAAAUCGGGUCCGAAGGAUUCAGAAAUUUCUGGAAAAGACUGCGUGCGUAAGAAUACUGGUAUCUACAAGAUCACUGUGGAAAACAAACACGGCAAAGAUGAUGCUGAACUGGAAAUUGUUAUACUUGGUCCACCUGGCAGGCCCAAAGGACCCCUUGAUGUUGCUGAUGUCACAAAGAACAGCGCUAAACUGGCCUGGAAAGAACCAGAAGAUGAUGGCGGACAGCCUAUAGAGGGUUAUCGUGUGGAGAAGAUGGAUCUGGAGAAAGGAAGAUGGGAGCCGGUUAAAACUACUCGUAAACCGGAACUUGAGGUACCGAAACUUCAGGAAGGUCAUCAGUACAAGUUCCGGGUUAUUGCCGAAAGUCCAAAUGGUGACAGUGAACCACUUGUACUUGAAGAUCCUAUUACGGCCAAAGAUCCAUUCAAUGAGCCAUUCCCACCAGGUCAGCCCCAGGCUAAGGAACAGGACAGGGAUCACAUCACGAUCAAGUGGGAGCCACCAGAGAAUGAUGGUGGGGCGCCAAUCACGGGCUACGAUAUUGAACGUAAAGAACCAAAAAGCAACAGGUGGAUUAAGCUUAACAGAACACCAGUCAAAGAACCUGAGUAUGAAGAUGCUAAGGUGACAGCAAACAAGGACUAUGAAUAUCGUGUGAUUGCUCACAACAAGGCAGGAACAUCAGGACCAUCCAUGCCUUCCAAGUCAAUCACGGCUAAACCGACUAAAGAGGCACCUAAAGUGGAUCUGACAAGCUUGUUUGGUGCCAAGGAAGUGCGUGUGAAGGCCGGUGAGCCGUUGAAGUUGAACCUUGGUAUCACAGGUUCCCCCACCCCAACAGUGACAUGGUCAAAGAAUGGCAAACCGGUAGACAGAGCCACUACCUCCAACACAGACGAUGGGGCAAAGUUGGAAAUUCCUAAAGCAGAUCGUGGAGACACCGGAAAAUACACAAUCACUGUGGAGAACGAGAAUGGAUCCGAUACUGCUGAAGUUCCAGUUAUUGUUCUUGAUAAGCCAGGAGCCCCUGAAGGGCCUCUUGAAGUGACUGAUCAAAUGGCAGACUCCUGCAAAUUGUCAUGGAAACCACCAAAAGAAGACGGAAAUGCACCUAUUAUGGGUUAUGUUGUUGAGAAAUGCGAGGAAGGCUCGGACAUCUGGGAUAAAGUACCUGGUGUCAUCCAGGGUGAAUCACACAAGGUAACUAACCUGACUGGAGGCAAGAAGUACAAGUACCGUGUCCGUGCCGAGAACAUGUAUGGUGUCGGAGACCCACUGGAAACGCACAAGCCUCACCUGGCCAAGAAUCCAUUUGAUACCCCUGAUGCUCCUCAAGACCUGGAGAUUGAAAGUUAUGACAAGAGAAGUUGUAACCUGAAAUGGAAGAAGCCCUUACACGAUGGAGGAAAUCCAAUCAAAGGUUACAUUGUGGAGAAGAAAGACAAGCGUGGUGACUGGAUGCCUUGCAACAAUUUCCCUGUCAACGAUACCAAGUUCCCAGUAAUGAACCUUCGUGAAGGACAGAUAAUUGAGUUCAGAGUGAAGGCUGUGAACGAUGGUGGGGAAGGUGCACCAAGCAAACCUACAGCACCCCACACUGUCAGGGAUCCUGUCUUUGAAGCUGGAGCACCAGGCACACCAAAUGUUGAUGAAAUCACGAAGAAGUCUGCCACAAUCUCUUGGACAAAGCCGAAGAACGAUGGAGGCAGCAAAAUCCAGGGUUACGUUGUUGAGAAAAAGAAGAAUGGUGAAGACUGGGUAGAGUGUAUGGAAGUUCCAGAACAUCAAAAUGCCGCAACCAUUCCAAACCUGAAGGAAGGCGAGAAAUACCAAUUCAGGGUUCGUGCUAUCAACUCCCUCGGACCAGGUGAAGCCAGCAAGCCAACGGACAUGAUUACUGCCAAAGAUCAACCAUGUAAGCCGUCUUUGGACAUGUCAGGGCUCAAGGAUGUUACAGUACAUGCAGGACAGGAAAUCCGCAUUAGCGUGCCAUACAAAGGUGUGCCGAAACCAACAGCAAGAUGGUUCAACGGAGACAAUGAAAUUGACCACCCAAGAUCUACAUGUGUUUUGAUGAUUGAAGGGAUGGUUGUUGGUGAAAAACAGCUUGAGAAGGAUGAGGUUGUAUUGAACAUCAGGAAAUCAGAGAGAUCAGACACUGGUAGAUACAAGCUACAACUGAAAAAUCCAUCUGGUCAGGCAGAAGGCACUCUUAAUGUUACUGUACUUGACAAACCUGGCAAGCCUGAAGGUCCGCUAGAAGCCUCAGACUUUAGAGGAGAAUCUCUUACACUCACCUGGAAACCUCCAGUUGAUGACGGUGGUGAGAGAAUUACCAGAUACAUCGUCGAGAAGAAAAAGAAAGGAACAGACAAAUGGUCAAAGGCUGGUGGCUUUGUUUCCUCCCCAACUUGUGAUGUACGCAACCUGGAACCAGGAACCGAGUAUGAGUUCCGUGUCAUGGCAGAAAAUGCAAAUGGUGUCAGCGAGCCACUGGUGACCACUGAGCCAGUUCUGGCCAAAUAUCCAUUUGACAAGCCUGGUGCUCCAGGUGUUCCCAAGUGCAAGACUACCACAGACGACAGUAUAACGCUGACCUGGUCACCUCCAAAGAGAGACGGAGGUAACCCGAUCCACGGAUAUGUCCUGGAGAAGAGAGAGAAGGGAGAGGAUAAAUGGACAAGAUGCAGUUAUUCUGACAUCCCCGAUACUGAGUUCACUGCCAAGGGUCUCACCCCGGGUAAAGAGUACGAGUUCCGUGUAGCAGCUGUCAACAAUGCUGGCACCGGAGACUUCAGUAACUGUACCGAACCAAUCAAGGCUCAACCUCCUCCAGUUGCUCCAAAAGUCAGCCCAGAAUUCAUGGGUAGAGAUAUCAUAGCAAAGAGGGGCCAGCCGUUUAAAAUCAGCAUUCCCUACAAUGGAAGACCUAUACCCACCGUGGAAUGGUCAAAUAAUGGUUUGAAAGUGAAUGAAGAACCAGGCCGCGUAGCAUUUGAAAAUGACCUCAACAACAUCGUCUUGAAAUGCAAGAGCGCGGAGAAAUCUGAUGCGGGAAAAUACAACAUGGUGAUGAGGAAUGAGCUAGGAAUGGACUCUGUUCCAAUAAACGUGAUCGUGGUUGAUGCUCCCGGCAAACCUGAGGCUCCCUUGGUGGCUUCUGAAGUUACUUCUGACAGCUGUCUGCUGAAAUGGAAUCCACCAAAAGAUGAUGGAGGCAGUCCGAUCCAGAACUACAUCGUUGAGAAGAAGGACAUGCGUACUGGUGAUUGGGUCCCAUGCACGAAGUAUUGUAGGGGAACCAGCUACGAGGUCCUCAAUCUCUCUGAUGGACAUGAGUACCAGUUCAGAGUCAGCGCUGAGAACGAGCAUGGUGUUAGUGAGCCAGUCAUGAUGGACCAACCCAUCACAGCACAAAACCCUUGGACUCGUCCAGAUGCACCAUCUGGAUUAACACCUACAGAUAUUGAUGCCACAUCUGUCACUCUCAGCUGGCAGAAACCUAAAUACGAUGGCGGUAAAAAGAUUCAGGGUUAUGUUGUCGAGUACAAGGAACCAACCUCCAACAGGUGGAAACAAGCUAAUGCUGCACCUGUGACGGGAACCAGCUUCACAGUUGGUGAUUUAGACAAAAUGCAGGAGUAUGAGUUCCGGGUCAAGGCAAAGAAUGAAGCCGGUCUCAGCGAGCCAAGCCACGCUACUGAACCCAUCCUUACACAUCCAAAAUUCACCAAGCCCCAUCCACCAGGAAUACCAAACAUUUCAAAUGUUGGAAGGAACUUUGUGGAGCUCACCUGGGACAAACCAUUAAAAGAUGGCGGCAGCAAAAUUACAGGUUACAUUGUUGAGAAGAAACCUACAGACAGUGACACCUGGCAGAAGGUUUCUGCCAUUCCAUGUAUUGAUCGUAACUACCUUGUAGGCGAUCUUGUUGAAGGUUCCGAUAUGGAAUUCCGUGUGUCGGCAAUAAACGCUGCUGGUCAGAGUGAGCCAAGUGGUGCAAGCAGUCCAGUCAAGGUCAAAGAAAAGAUUGUUGGUCAUGCUCCAGAUAUUGUAAAGCAGUUGCACAACGUGAGUGCCCCAGCUGGAGGAGAGGCCGUGUUCUCAGUACAGGCCGAGGGCAAGCCAGAACCAGAAAUUGUUUGGUAUAAAAAUGGUGUACCUCUGGCAAACACUCCCCGAAGUCGAAUGAGGAAGGAUGGUGAUGUAUAUAUAAUGACCCUCUCUGAUGUCACACCUUCUGACCAGGGAAAGAUCUCAUGCGAACUGCGUAACACACUUGGCACAGACAAAAGCACUUGCAAUUUCAAAGUUGUUUCUCCACCAAAAAUAGACAAAGAUGUGAAGGAUCAGACAUUAAUGUGUGGUGAACCAUGGAAACUCAAACUGCCACUCAGUGGGGAUGGGCCGUUUGAUGUUGUCAUUAAAAAGGACAACAAAGAACUGCCAAUCACAGAGUCGCAUCGUAUGAAGGUCUCGCCAUUUGAUGAUUUCUGCACUAUUCAGCUCAAAGAAUUGGAGAUGGGAGAUUCUGGCCAGUACAGAGUUGAGGUCUCCAAUGACAGUGGGAUGGCAAGCUGUGCCUUCAGGUUGAAUGUUGUCAAUAUCCCAAGUGCCCCUGUUGGACCUCUGGAUGUAUCAGAAAUCACAAAGAACACAUGCCAUCUCUCCUGGAAACCGCCGAAAGACGAUGGCGGCUGUAAAAUCCUCGGUUAUAUGGUAGAGAGACAGGAAGUAGAAAAACCGUACUGGACCACCGUCUCAUCCAGAUGCAAGGACACGGCAAUAGACGUCCAAGGUUUGAUGGAGAAUGGAAAGUACUUGUUCCGUGUUUCAGCCAUUAAUGAUAAUGGCCAGUCUGAGCCUCUCACAGCUGAGAGCCCAAUCAUUGCAAAGAUGCCUUACGAUGUGCCAAAUGCUCCUGGUAUACCAGAAGUCGAGGAAGUUGGAAGUGACUUUGUCAGCCUCAACUGGGCCAAACCAUCCUCUGAUGGUGGUGGUAAAAUCACGUCCUACUGGGUAGACAAACGUGAACACGGUAAAGAAGACUGGACACGCGUAAACACACAACCAUGUAUUACAAAUAUGAUAAAUAUUCCAAAUCUGAUCGAAGACAGGAGAUACGAGUUCCGUAUAUUUGCUGAAAAUGGCGCUGGCCUGAGUAAACCAUCGAUGGCUUCAAACAGCAUCAAAAUCAAAGAUCCAAAUGCUGCUGUAGCUCCAGAGUUUACCGAGCAGCUCAGAAAGGUUCAUGCCACUGAGGGUAGGACCGCUAGAUUUGAGUGUGAAGUGAAAGGAACACCAAAACCAGACAUUGCUUGGUUCAAGGGUAGCCGGGAGCUGUUUGAUGACAACAAACACGAGAUCGUAUCUGAUGGCGAUAUGCAAACACUGAUCAUCAAGGAAGUGUUUGGCGAAGACGCAGAUGAAUAUCAGUGCCGAGCAACAAACAGAGGUGGCUCCAAAACCAGCAGGGCCGACCUUGAAAUCAGCUCACCACCAAAGAUUAAUGUUCCUCCGAGAUUCCGUGACGUGUCAACAUAUGAGAAGGGUGAAGAUAUUGUACUCAAAAUUCCAUUCACUGGUAACCCUAAACCUACUAUCAAGUGGAUCCGGGACGGAAAUGAGAUCUCUGGACAUAGAUAUCACAUUGACGUCACUGAACGUCAUGCCUUCCUCACCAUCAAGUCGGCGGUGAAAGAAGAUGAUGGCCCAUGGAGACUUCAGCUUGACAACGACCUUGGAACUGACUCCGCCCUCAUUAAAAUACAAGUUAAUGACCGUCCAGAGCCACCAAGAUUCCCGACUGUUGAGAAUAUCAGUGACGAGUCUUGUGUGUUGUCAUGGAAACCACCACUUAGUGACGGCGGCAGUUUUGUUACAGAAUAUUUCAUUGAAAAACUAGAACUUCCAUCUUCCAAUUGGUCUAGAGUAGGAACUAAUAGAUUAACUGUACAUAACGUGACCGGACUUUCCCCAGGCAAACAAUAUCAGUUCAGGGUUUCAGCAGAAAAUUUCUACGGGCGUAGCGAACCUUGCGAGCCCACAAAACCAAUUACAACCGAAAAAAUUCCAGAAAGCAAGAGAGGCAAACUGGAUGAAUUUGGACGCAAAAUCAGAGGAAAAUACGAUGGACCAAAGAUUGCCGACUAUGAUAAAUUAUACUAUGACCUGUGGAAGAAGUACGUACCACAACCAGUUGAAAUUAAAUCGGAUAGUGUGUAUGAUUAUUACGACAUUCUGGAAGAACUUGGAAGUGGUGCAUUUGGUGUAGUACACAGGUGUAUAGAGAAGGCAACUGGUCGUGUAUUUGUUGCCAAAUUCAUCAACACGCCAUAUCCUCUAGAUAAACACACAGUGAAAAAUGAAAUCAACAUCAUGAAUCAGCUACAUCAUCCCAAACUGCUCAAUCUCAAGGACGCCUUCGAGGACAAAGCUGAAAUGGUGCUCAUUCUGGAAUUUUUAUCUGGAGGGGAGUUGUUUGAUCGUAUAGCGGCAGAAGAUUACAAGAUGUCCGAGGCCGAAGUGAUACAUUACAUGACUCAAGUGUGUCACGGUCUUGAACAUAUGCAUGAAAACAGUAUAGUCCAUCUUGAUAUUAAGCCUGAAAAUGUAAUGUGUGAAACAAAGAAGAGCAAUAAUGUAAAACUUAUAGACUUUGGUUUAGCAACAAAAUUGAAUCCUGAUGAGAUAGUUAAGGUUACCACGGCAACGGCUGAAUUUGCAGCACCAGAGAUUGUUGACCAUGAGCCAGUUGGCUUCUAUACAGACAUGUGGGCUGCCGGGGUCCUCGCCUAUGUAUUACUGAGUGGGUUGUCCCCCUUUGCUGGCGAGGAUGACUUAGAGACCCUCCAAAACGUCAAGACGGGAGACUGGGAUUUCGACGCCGAUGCCUUCUCUAAUGUUUCGGAGGAAGGCAAAGACUUCAUUAAAAAGCUUCUUGUGAAAACCCCCCAGGCCCGUAUGACUGUACACCAGGCAUUGGAACACGCAUGGUUAAAGGGUGAUCACUCUAAUAGAACUCAAAGAAUUCCAUCUAGCAGAUAUGAGAAGAUUAGAGCAAAGAUUAAAGCAAGAUAUGCUGAUUGGCCAAUGCCAAACCCAGCUAUUGGCCGUAUAGCUAACUACAGCUCUCUUAGAAAGCUCAGACCUAAAGAAUAUAGUAUCUAUGAUGCAUAUUUCGAUCGUCGUGAAGCCAUUCCGAAAUUCAUUCGUAAACCUCGCACCUGUACAGUCACAGAAGGACAAGGUGCUAAAUUUGACUGUAAAAUCAUUGCUGCAUCACCACCUAUUGUUACUUGGUACUUUGAUCAAGUGCAACUCUCACAGAGUGUGAAACACAUGCAGAAAUAUCGCGGUAAGGAGUACGAGCUGAAGAUUAGCCGCGUUAAGAUGGAGGACAAGGGAGAGUAUGUUGUCAAGGCAGAAAACUCCUUCGGAAAACGAGAAGAACUUGGAAUACUCAAAGUGGAAGCUGGUGAGAAGCCUAUUAUCAGUAGGGAUACUACUCCAGUACGAAGGUCAAGGUCAGAAGUGAGAGAUUUUGAACCACCAAAGUUGGACCAUAAGCCUGAAGGUGGCUUUGACCUCCGACCUAGGUUUAUCCAGGCUGGUUGCGAGUUCAAGCUCACAACUAUCGUCGAGAGUAUUCCACCACCUACGGUGACCUGGUACAAGGAUGGAAAGGAGUUGAGAAAGAAUGAUCAUUAUUCGAUAUCGUACUCCCAUGGUGUAUGUUCACUGGAGGUUUUACAGUCAGAGGUUGCAGACACUGGUAUAUACAAAUGUGUCGCCAUCAAUGAAUUAGGAGAAUUUGAAACUUCAAGUAAAGUUAUUGUAGAAGAUCGUGUACAUACUCCAUUCAAAAAGAGGGCGGGUUCAGUAUCAGCUGUAAGUAGUUCCGCCUACUCGGGCAGCUACUCGCCAAUGUUGGGUAGGUCAGCGUACUCCCGUAGUCAGUACAGUAGUGACUAUAGUACCGGUAGAAAUUAUAACAGCACUAGCGACUACAGCAGCGGUCGGGACUAUAGCAGCGGUCGUGACUACAGCAGCGGUCGUGACUAUAGCAGAAGUUAUAGUACCAAAGACUAUGGCGACUAUGGCAGCAGUUUUAAUAGUAAAUACGGAACAUCUGGCUAUAGCAGUUCCUCUCGUUCUUCCAGGAAAUUUGCCGACAGUUCGUACAGCGGCUCGACACGACGCUCAUACAGGAAUGAUAACGUACCUCCAACAUUCACCGAGGAUUUUACACCAGUGACGUUGAAUGAGGGUGAAAAAUUAGUUCUAAAAUGCAACGUUUCCGGAAACCCAGAUCCUACAGUUGACUGGUUUCUUAAUGGAAAGAACUUAAAGCACAAUGAAAAUGCAAAAUUCAAAAAUCGAGCGGGACUUUGCACUUUGACUGUACCUAAUGUGACGUCUGAAGAUUCCGGUGAAUAUUCAUGCAGAGCUAGCAACGAAGAAGGAGAUGCCGAAAUUCGGACCAAUGUGAAUGUAAAAUGUAAGGUCAAUACAAUUCCAAUAAGCAAAGCGCCGCCGAUGGAUCUCCCAUGGUUUGCCAGACACCCGCAAGGACAAAUUCUAACAGAUGGUGACGCGGCUAUAGUAGAAUGUGAAGUCAAAGGAAAUCCGGAAGUCAUUUGGUAUAAGGUCAACGAAGUUAUUCAAGAUAACGAGGAUUUUAAGUAUGAAACUUCCGGCGACACACACCGUUUGAUAAUUGCUGAGGUAUUUCCAGAGGACAGUGGGAACUAUCAUGCGGAGGCAUCAAACCAAACCGGAACUUCUUCCAGUCAUUUCACCAUUUUUGUCAGAGUUCCCGACGAGGAGCCGUCGGGUCCCGUGUUUCAAGUGUUUCCCCAGUCUCAGAAUGUUGAAGAAGGGGCACCAGUUACAUUUACCUGCAAACUGGACAAUGUAGAUACAGUGACCUGGAUGAAAGGCACACAAGUUCUGGAUGAUUUGGGUCGGUUCCGGAUAAGCACCGCAGAAAAUUCAAGCACUUUUACCAUACCCGCGGCAAUAGCUACUGACACGGGCAUGUUUGUAGUAGAGGCAAAUAAUGAAAAAGGCAACACUCUAUGGACAUUUACCUUGGCGGUUAACGUGAGCGCCUCCCCUUGCGCUGAUAUUGAUGUUCUGAGCCUAAUACAGUCCGCGAAAUAAUCGUGCAUGAUAGUAGCUGGAUUGUAUCACUUCCAUUUGACACCAAGUUAAGGGACAUACUCAGAAGAACAACAAUUAAUGAGUCCUGACAUAGGACUCUCCUUGUAUAAUAUUCUACUUUUAUGUUUCUCAAAUGAAACACCUAUGCAGCAGCCGCUACCUACCUACGUCUCUGCUGCAUUUGAAAUAUUUCUCUGUGUUUUAUACUGUUAUUAUACGUGAUUCCGACACUAUUUGUGUGUGACUUGUGCAAAGCUUUAUUCAUGCACCCGUUGUAGUAUCCCUCAUUCCAUAUUUUGAUUUUUUUUUUGCGAUUUCAUACAUUUUAAACGUAUUUUCAUUUCGAACUAACCCAAUGUCAAAACUGAUGCAUGCACACAUAUUUACAUGAGCAAUAAGAAUUUUAAUGAGGGUUUGAAAUUCCUUACUUGUGCUUGUGUGAUUUUUGUUAUAUUUGAGGUGUAAAAUUUCGGAACAUUAAAAGUCAUAACUAUACGUCUAUAAAUUA